UUUGAAUCAAAAUGGAAAAAUAGAUCGAAAACUUCUUCCGCCACCUCACUUCUCAUCAAUACAUCUCACAAACAGUAUAGAACUAUUACGACCAACGAAUGAUGUUGAAGAUAGUAUUCAUCAUAUUUGGUGUGAGAUAUUUAAACAAAAUCAAAUCUCAAUAGAUACAAAUAUAUUUACUAUUGGUGGUCAUUCAUUACUUAUCAUGCAACUGUUCCAUCGAUACAAGAUCGAAUUUCGUUUAGAAACUAAUGCUCUUUUUAUUACUGAUCUAUUUCAACGUCCAACAAUUAUCGAUCAUGCCCAACUCAUUCAGCAAUCUAUUAAUACCAUUCACACUCUCUAUGAUUAUCCUUGGUCUUCAUUACAUCUCAUUCAAGCUAGGGCAUCAUUUGCACAAGAACGAAUCUAUUUAGAUGAACAAAUUCGUUUUUCAUCUAACAAAACAAAAAUGAAUAAUAUGUAUGUUAUUCCAUUAAUGUAUCGUAUAUCAUCUAUAAAUGAUCAUAUAUCAAUUACUCGAUUACAUCAUGCAUUUCAAAGUGUUAUCACAAAACAUAAUAUUCUUCGAACGGCACUUUAUAUUGAUGAUGCAAAUGGUAAUAUUGUACAACAUUGUUUGGAUGCAAAUAUCAUUCUCAAUGAGAAUAUGAAUGAAACUAUAGAAGAAAUAUUAAAUCAAUCGGAUUUAUUCGAUUUAUCAAAAGGACAUGUUAUCAAUUGUCAUGUUCUUCGUCGUGAUCAAUCAAAUCAUUUAUUUACUGAGAAUAAUGAUGAUCUAUUGUCUAAAGAUGAUCUAAUAUUAUUUACUAUUCACCAUGCUUGUUUUGAUGGAGCAUCGACAUCAAUCUUCAUUCAUGAUCUUUCCCUUGCUUAUCAAUCUAAUGAGUUGCUUUCUAUAGAUGAUAAUUCAUUACAAUAUAUUGACUAUUCGAUUUAUGAACAUAUAAUAGAUAUGACAGUAUCUCAAGAGUUUUGGCAAUUUGAACUCAAAGGAUAUAAUCUGACUCGUCAAUUAUCAUUACCUGUUGAUCGACAACGGUCAUCAACUAAUCAACAACGAUCAGGUUUAGCUUCUUCAGCUCAAAUCACUUUUGACGAUGAAAUAUGUGCAUCAUUUCUAAAUUAUGCAUCCUCACAUCAUCUCACACUUUUUCAACUUGGAUUAUCCAUAUUUUAUGUCUUCCUAUUCAAAUUAUCUCAUAGUGAGAGCGAUUUAUGUAUUUCUUCUAUCAAUGCUAAUCGAUAUCGAAGUGAAUUGGUGAAUAUGAUAGGAAUGUUUGUUUCAACGUUACCAUAUCGUGCUGAGCUUGAUCCUCAUUGGUCAUUUGACAAAGCAGUCAAAUAUGUACAAGAAAAAUGUUUAUCAAUUCUUGAACAUUCUCAUUAUCCACUUCAACAUAUUCUUGCUGAUUUACAUGUCACUCAAUCAAAUAUAUCAUUUCUUGAGACAAUGUUCGAUUUCAUCACCGUAUUAAAAGAAGUUAAUGAUUUAUGUUUAAAUGGUGUCAACUUAGAAGAAGUGUCGUUAAAAGAAUUAUAUGAAAUGGCUAAGUUUGACUUCUCAUUGAAAUUUGUAUACAAUCCAUCAUCAGAUGGUAAUCAGCUGUCUUGUUGUUUUGUUUGUUCAAGUGAUAUAUUUGAUGCAACAACAGUUGCCGUAAUAGGUCGAAGAUUGAAAUAUCUUUGCGAGCAGAUUUUUGGUAGUAAAUCAAAGAACAGCUUGAUGAAUGGAUAUAGUACAUCGAUCAGCAAACUUUCUCUUAUUCUACAUGAAGAAAGUGAAGAAA